AUGGCUAAGAGGAGGGCUGCAGGUAGCUGCUGCUGCUGCCCCAGAGCGCCCAUGAAAGAGGACAAUGCUCGUUUUUGCCUGCUGGCCGGACUCAUCCUGCUCUACUUAUUGUGCGGAGCUGCCAUCUUCUCAGCCUUGGAACACCCAUUUGAGCUCCGCGCACGCCUCCUGUGGAAACAGCAGCUGGACAACUUCACCAGGAGAUACAGGGUCAACCUGGGCGCCCUGCACACUCUGCUGAGGCAAUAUGAGGAGGCAAACGGAGCUGGCAUCAGGGUGGACGCAUUAAGGCCACGCUGGGACUUUUCUGGAGCUUUCUACUUUGUGGGCACAGUGGUCUCCACUAUUGGUUUUGGCAUGACCACACCAGCAACCAUAGCAGGAAAAAUAUUCCUAAUCUUCUAUGGUCUCAUUGGCUGUGCUGCCACUAUCCUCUUUUUUAACCUCUUCCUGGAGAGGAUCAUCACCAUGUUAGCUUACAUCAUGCGCUGGUGUCAUGAGCGUCGGCUGAGGUGUGCUGGAGUUGGGGUGGUGUCGAGCAGGGAGGAGUCAUCUGGUGAAGAGGACAGUCUGGAAGGAUGGAAGCCAUCCGUCUAUUACGUGAUGCUGAUCUUAGGGAUAGCAUCUGUUGUGAUUGCUUGCAGUGCCUCCACUCUGUACAGCUCCAUGGAGAACUGGAGCUACGUGGACUCUCUGUACUUUUGCUUCGUGGCCUUCAGCACCAUUGGCUUCGGGGACCUGGUGAGCAGCCAGAGGCAGCAGUACGAAUCUCAGGAGGCCUACCGGUUUGGAAACUGCCUUUUCAUCUUAAUGGGGGUUUGUUGCAUCUACUCACUUUUCAACGUCAUUUCUAUCGUCAUCAAGCAGACUCUCAACUGGAUCCUGGGAAAGCUGGUCUGCUCAGGGAAGCAUCAGCUCUGUUCCUGCUCCACCCCUGGCUGCUGGCCAAAACGCAUCAAACGCAACGCCGUGCAGCCCAUCUCAUCCCACCACCGCUACACAGACGGCUCGGUUGAGACUGUGUGCGACAGCGAGACGGAUGCGGGCGCGUUGGCUGAAGUACAAGUGGGGCGUCGUUUGUCAGGGGAGAUGAUCUCAGUGAAUGAGUUCAUGGUGUCCAACAAGGUGUCUCUGGCACUGCUGCAGAAACAGCUGAGUGAAACAGCUCACCAGGGCCCGCGGCAGAGCUACAGCCAUCAGAAUGGUUUCUCUGGUGGUGUGGGAGCACUGGGGAUUAUGAAUAAUCGCUUACAGGAAACCAGUGUGGAUAGAUAG